AUGGGAGUCGAUCUCGACGACAUAAAACCGUCCUCCAGAACAUUAACCAGCUUCAACGGAUCCUCCGAAACAAUACUGGGAACAAUCCGCCUUCCGGUACGCGCAUGUGGAGUCACUCGAACUGUCAAGUUUGCCGUUGUAAGCACAAAGGCACCUUACCACGCUAUACUUGGAACCCCUUGGAUACACUCAAUGCAGGCCAUUCCAUCUACUUACCACCAGUGUGUCAAGUUCCCCGUUAACUCAGUUUCUCCUCCAACCUAUAAAGUCUGCUCCCAGGAAGGUGAAGUUUUCGAGUUACCUAUUGACGAUACCGAUCCAAACUGGACCGCAAGGAUCGGUGCGUAUCUAUCUGAAGAUAUGCAGCAGUCAGUUCUCAACUUUCUCAAGAUGAAUGUGUCCACAUUCGCGUGGUCCAUGUCAGACAUGAAAGGAAUUGAUCCGGCUAUAAAAACUCACGAACUAAACGUCGACCCGACAUUCAAGCCUAUCCGGCAGAAGCGACGCAAGCUCGGUCCCGACAGGUCAAAGGCUGUAAACGAAGAGGUCGACCGGUUGCUCGGCGCUUGGUCAAUUGCUGAGGACAACUAUCCUCUUCCCAACAUCGACCGUUUGGUCAAGUCCACGGCUGGAAACGAGAUGCUCACCUUCAUGGACGCUUUCUCAGGGUACAACCAAAUCAUGAUGCACCCCGACGAUCACGAAAAGACGGCAUUUAUCACAGAUAGAGGAACCUACUGCUAUAAGGUCAUGCCAUUCGGCUUGAAGAACGUAGGAGCAACCUACCAACAGCUUCUGAACAAAAUGUUCGCAGACAAGCUGGGCGUCACCAUGGAAGUAUACACCAAUGAUAUGCUUGUCAAGUCGCUACACGCCGCUGAUCACCUCCGUCAUUUGCAAGAUUGUUUCGAAACUCUCAACAAAUACGGCAUGAAACUGAACCAGCAAAGUGCACGUUCGGGGUUUCCUCAGGCGAGUUCCUUGGGUACAUAG